CUUCCAUUUAAGCUGUGUACAUAACCUCGCAGUUCACCGUCUCACUCACUCCCCUGCUAUUCUCUCUUUCUCCGUGUCUGUGAUCCUCGAUGCAGCGUUGAAUCUCAGGUCCAACUAUCCUGUCCAAUUUUACAAGUUUCUCUAUUUUGUCUCCACAAGAUAGACACAGAGAGUAGAUUGCAACUUUAACCAAUGGAAUUAAGGAGCUUCAGCCAUUUGCAUUUUAUUGGGGCAAUUAAGAAUGGUAUGGUGGAGAAAAUCAUCAAUGUAGAUUCUCAUGGAAGACCAGCCUUGAGGCUCAAAACAAUAGAGGCUAUAUAUGAAUCUGAAGAUGCCAAAAAUCUAGGUUCCUGCACAACAUUUCAGCAGCAAGGAAGGGGGUUGAUGAGUUCGCCAUUUGGUUGUGGUGGGGUCAAGAUUGACAGGCCGGUUCUUCUCACAGGUGGCAGAAAAAUCAAAACUGACCCUGAACUGUGUCAUUUAGGCAAGGAUGCUUGUGAUGACAUAAGAAAAGGUGACAUGGAUGAUCUUUGCUAUAGUGAAAUUACAUUAAAACAGCUUAAGGACAGAUGCAAAACAAAGAAAAGGAAACUUCCAAAAUCUGUUGAACUGAAAAAAGAACCAGGCUGUCAUCUAAGUGAAUAUUAUGCAAAAUUGGAACCGAAGGAAGAUGAAUCUGACCUGGACGAAAGUCUCAGCAGUUGGAAAUUAAAGCUGAAAAAAGUAACGGCCAAACGGAAGUGCAUUAAGAAAGAAGUGCAUUCGCCUUCCAAAUCUGCUGUUUCAGUUUCAGCAUCUGAACAAACUCCAAGUUCACCUCAAAGUAUUGGGGAUCUAACUGGAUCCAUUAAAUCUGAGAUUGAGAUUUCAGAAGUGCAUUCACCUUCUAUUUCUGCUGUUUCAGUUUUAGUAUCUGAACAAACUCCAAGUGCCCCUCAAAAUUCACCUCAAAGUACUUUGGAUCUAACUGGAUCCAUUAAAUCUGAGAUCGAGAUUUCAGGACCUGAGUUUUCAGAGUGUCAUAAUUUGGAUGGUUUUACCUUUGGUGCUACUGUCAAUUCCCACUCUGUAGUUGAUAUCAGUGCAAACCGAUCUGAUGAAGUGGCAGGGAUAUGUGAGAGAAGUGAGUUGGCCAUUGGACAAUCAAUUUUUCUUACUACAGAGUCUCGAAGUUGUGUUGUUACAGAAGUUUCAAUCGAAUGCUUGGAUCAAGACAAUUCUCUCUCUUCUCCUGCAAGUUCCACGGCAGGGGAUGUAAUGGAGGACAGUUUUGCCGGGGUGAUCAGUCAAGAAACUCUUUCAGAGGUGAUCAAUCAAGAAAAAAUUUCUUCCCCUGAUUCCGAACUUGAUACAAAUGUUAGCAUUACUCAAUCAAAUCCUAAUGUAAGCCCUAUGGAGGCACUAUCAGUCACCAACAAGCCUGGUUCUGAGACAUGUGGAAGCUAUGAAAGCUAUUCAUUUAUGCAGGGGACAUCAUGUGAAAUGGAUAGCAGCUCUGUGAUGCAUAUGCCUCAUAAGUUGAACCUUGAUGUUGGAUUUAGAUGCACAAAACCUGACUGUGAUGGUGGAUAUAUUUUAAGUAUGGAAACUGGAGAUGGCAGCGAGGAGGAUACCCUUCCUGACCCCAAAACCAAUGCUACAAGAAACUCUGAUGUCCUUUACAUGCCAUUUCAGAAGUCUCAUGAGGACUUUAAUUCUCCUAGUGAUUUUAGUUCUAUUGUUUGUAGUUCACCUACAAUUGAGGUGAAGCAGAAAUCAUCUUUAUCAGUAGAGGGACUGAUGUCUACUGGUGUGGAUACGGGAAAUGAUGGUGACACCAAGGAUGAUAACCUUCCUGAUCCUGAAACCAGUGUUAUGAACAACAGACAUCCUCUACAUCUCAUCUCAGAAUUGUCGUACAUGCUUGAAUCCUUGUAGCUGUUCGGAGGAUUUUAAUUCUGCAACCGAUGAGAAACACUCAUUUACCACAGAAGAGGGAUCAAUGUCUAAUAUUGCUGGGGUAAGAGACUGCUCUGUGAGGGCUGAUCCAUCUGAGUAUACUAGAAGUUGUACAGCCAUGGAAGUAGUUGAGAAUUUCCAUGCUUUGAAGCUGGAUUGUCCUCCAAAAAGGCUCCUUUCAACCAGAAAGGUUUUUUUCAGGCCAUUUCUCCGACUUCUCAGGCAAAGCUGUGUCAAGCUGUGGAUGCCGAGUACUUAAAUGAUGACAUAGGUCUUUCCACUAGGCAAAUGUGCAGCAUGACUGCAUAACUUGUUAGUUCAUAAAGGAAUACUCAAGUCUCCAAAUGUUUCUUCUGCAAUGCCACAAACUGCAACUGAAAGCACGUCUCCCAAUCCUCUUACAGAGAGUGCUAUGGCAUUCUCUCAGCGCCAGAUGCGUGACAUCGAGUGUCUUGCAAUGAAGCUUGUGAAGGAGUUGAAGUGCAUGAAGGACAUCAUAGAAGAAAAACUGCACUCUGAAGUCUAUCCAUCUAAAUCUUUGAAAUAUACUGUAGAUGAGAUGAGAGUAGUGACCCGACAGGGCUGGAGAAGUUGAAGAGACCACAAGAAGGUGGCUUUCCAUGAUGGCAAGAGACUGCAGCCGUUUCUGUAGAAUUAUGAGAUCGUCUGGAAACAAAGCUGCUACUGCUCCAACAUCUAGUUAUGGACUUCACAAGGACAGGAAUAAGAUAGUCUUUGCAGAUGAAGUUGGUGGGCCUCUAUGUCAUGUCAAGGUUUUUGAAGAUCAACUGGCUUCUCUCUGUGGCUCUGAAUGUGACACUGAGAAAUUCUUAGGCAACUCAAACUGAAAGAAUUGCUUCUUGUACAAUACCAUUGUUGAUAUUUAAAAUGCCAAUUUCAUGCUCAAACAGCCCCAGAAGAUCAUUUCUGUAAUUACAACAAGCCUAAGAGCUCUAAGCUUCUUUUAAGGUCUUGUUGCUUCUCACAAGCAUCUUUUUCUACAUUGUUAUUUCAUUGAUUUUAUUUAUUUUGAUGAGCUUGUUAUGUAAUAUUUGAAGCUGCUUGAUAAAGUACUUUGGCCUGCAGCUUAUGGAAGAACUAGAAUAUGUUUUCUGUCUUGAUUCUCAA